AUAAUUUUGAAGACACGCUAUUUCUGACUGGAAAAAGCCAAAUCUAACAGGAAAAAAUCCAAUCGGCCAUCACCGAUUCAGCGUUAACCGCGCAACCAUUUUAAUCUUUUCCUGCGCAAAAUUUCUGAACAUUCUGUUUGCUGCUGCUGUUGCUUCUGUCUGCCACCCAUCGCCUGGACAGACAACCCCAGAUACCACACAAAACAUGGCCAGAAAGGAUCAGGAAGCUGUGCAGCUGCCCAGGCCAGCGCUGCCCGUGGGAUUUCGCCAAUUUGCCACACAGGUGGCCGGACACACAUUUGAGGCGACGAAUGCCGCCGCCGUGGGUCUGCUGCAGGACUCUGUUGCAGGAUGCGUGCUGAAGCCGCUGGGCAAGCCCGAGUGUGAAGUGCGGGAACUCAACUUUUAUGAGUCAUUGGCAUCGGCGGCGGCGGCGGCGUCGGUGACGGGAGCCAUGGCCGAAGCGCCAGGUGAUAAUGACCUUGCCGCCCUCGGUCGUCACGUCCCGCGUUUUUACGGCCAUCUCAAACUGGUUGUGAAUCAGCGCGAGCACACAUUUGUCAGGCUGGAAGACCUCACGCGCGGCAUGCAGCAGCCGUGCGUCAUGGACGUGAAGAUGGGUCGCCGCACCUGGGAUCCCCUGUCCUCGCCGCACAAGCGCCAGGUGGAGGAGCAAAAGUAUGUGAUAUGCAAGCAGAAGCUUGGCCUCUGCCUGCCCGGUUUCCUGGUCUACCUGCCAGCGGAGGUGCCCGGCCAGACGGUGCUCAUGCGGCAUGGCAAGGACUACGGCAAGAGCCUGGAUGUGGCCGGCUUCCGGCAGACCAUGGGCAUCUUCUUCAAUGCCAGCACCAGUGACUCCAAGACGCGAGCUGCCGGCUCGGAGAUUCUGCUGCGUGAGGUGCUGCGACAGCUGCAGGAGAUCCUCGCCUGGUUCAAGCGCCAGCGUUUACUUCACUUCUAUGCCAGCUCCCUGCUCAUCUGCUACGACUAUGCACGACUCGGCGCCCAGCCGCCACCGUCCCCGCCUUUGCUCAAUGGCCAUCAUCAUGGCCAUAAUCAUUGCUCCGACGAUCCCUCCGAGUGGAUACGCGUGCGUAUGAUUGACUUUGCUCACGUGUAUCCGGCGGAGGAUGGCCAGCCCGAUGAGAACUACAUGUUCGGACUGCAGAGCCUCAUCGAGGUGGUCCAAUCCAUACUCUACCGAUAGCCAAGUAGAGACCAAGACCAAGGAGCCGCAGCCUCCACCAAACUACUCCACACAUUUGUAUUAUUGCGUAAGCCAAAAGAUUAGUCCACACAGUAGGACCCUAAAGAAGGGAAUAUGGGAGCUACUCCAAAACGUAGAAUAAAACCCGGUUUUGUA